UCGGGUCCUUCACGUGGCAGUGGUAAACAAAGAUGGCGGAAGUGUUUGGAGCUACUUUCUGUGUUUCUGUGAAGUUUUCUAUCUUGGCUCCCCAGCCUGUUAGCCGGGUGUGUUAGCGGGGCUCCUCUAGGGGCUCCUCUCCGCCUGAGGCUGUAGGAUGAGCGGCUGGGCGGGUUUUUCUGACGAGGAGCUGCGGAGGAUCCAGCAGAAAGACUCCGCCGGACCUCCUGGUGCUCCCCGCGGAAGGAGGCCCCCAGCCGCCGGCCGGAGCAGGCAGAAGAUGCAGCGGGAGAGAGCACUGCAGUUAGCCGGCUCACAGAGCCUCCUACCAGGUCAGCAGCUCAGCAAGCCGCCGCUGACGCUGGAUGGUCAGCCUCCAGAACAGACAGGAGCUCCUGCUGAACAGACAGGCGCUGCUGCUGUCAGACAAGAGGAGCAGGAACCUGCUGAUAUGAAGCCGAAUGAGAUCCACCAUCCGGCUGCAGAGAAGAAGGAGGAAGAAGAGGAGGUGAAGGAGCUGGACAAACAGGAGGUUGAACUGAGAGAAAAGACACGUCUGGAGCAGCUGCAGCAGGAACAGAGGGAAAUCGAGGAGAGGAACAAACGCAAGAAAGCUCUUCUGGCUAAAACCAUCGCUGAGAAAUCCAAACAGACUCAAGCUGAGGCGGUGAAGCUGAAGAGGAUCCAGAAGGAGCUGCAGGCACUGGAUGACAUGGUGUCCAAUGACAUCGGUAUCCUGAGGGGCAGAAUAGAGGAGGCCAGCUGGGACUACAGCGCUGCAAGGAAGCGCUACGAGAAGGCUGAGGCCGAGUACGUGACGGCCAAGCUGGACCUGCACAGAAAGACGGAGGUGAAGGAGCAGCUGGCGGAGCACCUCUGCGCCAUCAUCCAACAGAACGAGCUGCGCAAAGCCCACAAGCUGGAGGAGCUGAUGCAGCAGCUGCAGCUGGAGGCCAGCGAGGAGCAGGAGGAGCAGGAGAGGAGAUCUGUAGAACCUCAGAGGAACGGAGGGGAGGGGAGAGCAGAGGGAGAGAGCAGAACCUCCCAGGAAGAGCAGGAGGUACAGCAGGAGACUGAGACAGAGGGGGAACCAUCAGAGAACUGUUGUCGGGCAGAUCUUCCGGGUUCCUGACGCUCAGAUAGGAGGCGGAUCUUCCUCACAUGGUGGAAAGUAUUGGUUCUGUUCUGAUCAGAUCAGGUUCUAGGAGCUGAUCCUUUAGCUCCUAGAACCUGGCAGCUGACCCAAAGAGUCUACGGGUUGUAAAAGAGACUUUGGUUUGGUUCUGAUGUUCCUGUCUGAAGUAUCCGAUCCAGUUGGGGGACCAGAAGCAAACUGAAAUAAGUCGGACUCUAACAGGUUCUAUAAAAAACCCAAAUCAUUCCUCCUUUUUCUGUUUAACUGACUCGUUUUAUUAGAAGAACCUGAUCGGUUCUGUUUUAGUAAAAAGGUUCUCCAUGAUUCAACGUUCUGGUUUGAUAAAUAAUAAUUAAACUUUGGAGAACUUGCUGCUGCAGAGAUCAGGAGAACUGGGUCUCCUUUGAAGCUGUUAAUCUCCCAGAACCUUCAGGAUCAACUAGAACCCCGCAGAGCAGCUCUUAACCCUAAACAUGGUCCCGUCCUUAACCCUAAACAUGGUCCCAGAUCAUAACGGACCAGUCCGUUAUGAUCUGCACUGUGAUCAGAUGUUAACCUGCGAAGACCAGAACCUCACACUGAAAUCUGGGGGACAGGGAGUUGAGAGUAACACUACAUGCAGGAGCUUUAUAGACUCAUUUUAAAGCUGGUUCUGUUUAUAGGGAUGUUUUCCUUUAAUAAAGGUUUAAAAAGCUG